AUGCUGAAACGAUGCUUUAUAGUGCUGGUCUAUUUGACUUUGACUAUUUCUGAUGUUUCCUCCAAAAAUAUCGGAUGGAACGCAGCUAUUGCCAAAGCCAAAGUAUUUGUCGCUCAAAUGACAUUGGAAGAAAAGUGCAAUUUAACGGCAGGCGUGCCUAGUCCUUGUGCAGGAUAUGUUCCUCCUGUUCCUCGUCUCGGCUUCAAUGGAAUGUGCCUUCAAGAUGCGCCAUCGGGUGUGGGGGAUGGUGUCGGAUUUGUCACUUCUUUUCCGGGUGGAAUCCAUACAGCUGCUAUGUGGGAUCAAGACUUAAUGUUCAAGAGAGGCUCGGUCAUAGGACAAGAAUUUCGUGAGAAAGGCGUGCAUGUUGCUUUGGGUCCAAUGAUCAAUAUCGAUCGAAAUGCUUUACACGGUAGAAAUUGGGAAGGAUUCGGUUCGGAUCCGUAUCUAUCCGGAAUGAACGCUUAUCAAUACGUACUUGGCUUGCAGGAUCAGGGUGUGGUGGCCACGCCAAAACACUACAUUGGAAACGAACAGGAAACAAAUCGAGUAUCGGAUAGUUAUUCAGCCAAUAUUGAUGAUAAAACCAUUCAUGAAAUCUACUUGUGGCCGUUUGCUGACGCUGUGUAUGCUGGUGCUGGGUCAGUCAUGUGUGCGUAUAACCGAGUAAAUCAAACGCAUGCUUGUCAGAACAACAAGACUCUGAACGGAUUGCUGAAGGAUGAACUCGCUUAUAACGGUAAUGUGAUGUCCGACUGGGGUGCCACACAUGCAGGUCUUGAAUCGGCGCUAGGUGGGUUGGAUUUAGAAAUGCCAGGCGGAUCCGGUUUUAUGGGUUAUGCGCUUGUUGCUAAAGUGCGCGAUGGAUCGCUUCCUGAAGCGAGAGUAGACGAUAUGGUCACACGUAUAUUUGCGCCUUACUUUCUACUAGAACAAGAUCAAGGUUUUCCCAAACUCGAUUGGAACCGUGAUGUAACACAUGAUCAUUACAAGGUGAACCGAGAAUUAGCUAGGGCAGGCAUGAUUUUAUUGAAAAAUCUAAGAAAUACAUUACCGUUGAAUACCAGUGUGGAUAGACUGUUGACGAUUUUUGGCGCAGCAGCGACACAAUAUGAUGGCGGAUUGAAUCCGGGUGGAGGACCGUCUGGACAAGGCUAUGAUGGUGCGAUAUAUCAGGGCGGUGGGUCAGGUUUCGUUAAACCGACUUAUGGCGUGGAUCCACUCAGUGCUCUACUAGCCAAAGCACGUGAUUCGAACUUUCAAAUCCAAUUUGUAACCAGACAGACCGACUUUGGUACUGUCAGUUCACUUGCCUCUGCACCGCUUUGCCUCGUCUUCAUCAGUGCUUGGUCAAGUGAGGGAUCUGAUCGGCAGAAUCUGAACGCUUGGAAUCAAGGAGACAAACUUGUUCAGACUGUGGCAGCAAAAUGCGCAUCAACCAUUGUUCUAGUAAACAGCGUAUCUCAGCUUAAUUUAGAAGCUUGGAUUGAGUGGGACAACAUAAGCGCAGUUAUUUGGACAGGAAUACCAGGAGCCGAAUAUGGAAAUGCCUUGGUCGAUGUUCUCUUUGGUGACUACAAUCCCGGAGGAAAACUUGUCUUUACCAUAGCAAAGAAUGAUUCGGACUAUGGAACAAAUAUUACCCAAACACCCGAUUCAAACUAUACUGAAGGUGUCUUUCUCGACUAUCGUCAUUUUGAUGCUGCAAUGAUAGCACCGCGAUUCCACUUCGGCUUUGGUCUCUCCUACACGACUUUCUCUCUUACCGAUCUUCGAAUUGCUAAAGUUACCGAUCAAACUCCCGGCAAUACUUCCGAUUUGUAUGUCCCUGCUUAUAUAGUCUCUCUCUACAUUACAAACACCGGUAAUGUUCGUGGUUCGGAAGUGGUUCAAUUGUACCUGGGCUUUCCUAAUGAAGCAGCCGAGCCACCAAAAGUGUUACGCGGAUUUUCACGAGUUUAUCUGGAACCAGGCGAGACUGUUCCCGUUACGUUAACACUGAGACAAAAAGAUAUUUCAUAUUGGAAUGUAAUUAUGCAACAAUUUACGGUGGCUAAAGGUGCCUAUAAGGUUUAUGUCGGCACUUCAGGAAAUUGGGAUGAUUUAAAACUACAAGGAGCAUUCACCGUAUAA